AUGGCAUCUAAUUUGGAAAGUAAAUCGGCAUCAAAGGCAACCGCAAAGUUAUAUCUCAACGAUGAACUGGCCGAUGUGCAUUUUGUAUUCGGUAGCGAUGAUGUGGUUGAAAAAGUUCCGGCGAACAAAGUAAUUUUGGCAUCAUUGAGCCCAGUGUUUUACGCAAUGUUUUAUGGUGAUUUAAAAGAAGGAGCUGAAGUAAAAAUUGUUGAUGCGAGCGUCGAAGGAUUCAAAGAGUUUCUUCAGUUUUUCUAUUUGUAUGAAAUUACGCUGACCAUGAAGCAUUUCGAAACCGUUUUUCGAUUGGCUGAUAAGUAUGAUAUCCUUGAACAUAUCAAGUUGUGUGUCGAAUUAUUAAAUUCAAAUUCGAAGGUGGACAAUAUAUGCUGGGGUUACCAAAUGGCUUUGUACCUUGAAUAUGAUGCACUCAUCAAACUCUUUGAAAUAUCAUUUGUUAAAUCAGGUGAGGAAAUAUUGGCCACCAAAGCGUUUCAACAAUGUGAAUAUGAUACCUUGAGACGAAUAUUGGCACUAAACUUUCCAUGCAGCGAAGUGAAUGUGUUCAACGCCUGCUUGAAGUGGGCACAAAAUUCAUGCGAAAAAAACGGCCUGGAUGCAAAAAAAGGAGAAGACAUAAAAUCUCAACUUGGCGACUGUUUCAAACUGAUUCGUUUUGGAGCAAUGACAAUAGAAGAAUUAUAUGCAAUCUCAAAAGAAUACACUGGACUUUUCACUCUGGAGGAGUUAUUAGAUGCUGUUUCUGUCAUCACAAUAGGAGGGUAUGAGCCGAAAAUAUUUAAACGAAACUCACGACAACUGAAUUGUAAACCAACUUGUGGACUAUGCAAUGGAAAUCCAAAACCCGGUAUUUUUGAGCCAUAUUUACACCGAAAGGAAUGGAUUAGAGCAAACCAAUAG